AUGGCCAAGAUCGGGUGGUUCGGACUGUUUUACCUUCUGCCCAUCGCCACGUUCGCAUGCUGGACUACGGCUAUCGUUGGACUGCUUGUCAUCUGGGCGGUGCGUGAUCGGUUCCGCGAGUAUGAAUCCGAAGAAGCCUCAGUGGUCUUUAUCUCGGACGUGGGAGCGCAGCACAAGACGUUCUUCAUCAUCUUUUGCUCUUGCACCGCUGGGUUCUACAUCCUCACCACGCUUGCUGAACGACACUUGCGUCACCAACGCCGAAUUCCAGGCUCGAUCCGGAAAAAGCAGACCAUCUUGGACAUCUGCUCGGUGAUCUGCGCUGUCAUUGGUUGCGUCGCUUUGAUCCUGCUUAGCGUCUUUGAUGCAUUCAACCACUCGACGGUUCACUGGAGUAUGACGCUCAUUUUCGUCGUGUUCGUCGCGCUCUCGGUGCUGUUCCAGGUGUUACAGGUGUUCUCGCUUUCGCACGACUAUGACAGGCUGGCAACGCUCAAAGUGAUUGCGAUCAUCAAGGCCAUCAUCUUGUCGUUGGCAAUUGCGGGGGCGAUUGCUUUCAUCAUUUGCUAUGGCAUUUGCAGGGGCGAUGCGCUGCCGGGCAACGACCGCUGCGAUCGGAUUAUUUCUGCAGCAGCAGUCUGUGAGUGGGCGAUUGCCUUCUUGCUCGCCAUCUUUUUCCUUACGUACCUCGUUGAUCUAUGGCCUGCGCACAAGCGUGCCAGGUUGGGUCUUAGCUUGGACGGAGGCUUGGUUGAAAACAAGCAGCUCGCCAAGGAGCAAGGUGUCGACGACAAGCCUACGGCUCCUUACGCUAUCGAUGGUGUUGAAAACAACAACACGUACUACCCAAGUCAGGCUGCUCAGCAGUACCACAAUGGCAACACUGGUAAUGCUGUCUACCCUGCUCCUGCUGUCGCGCAUUCCGUUACGUCUCAACACGGCGUCCAGCCAAGCCCGGCUGGAAUCGCCGCUAUCGAGUCAAGCCCACUCAAUGCUCCUUCCACUUUACCCGGCUCGGAGAGAGGCAGUCUCUACCAAACCCCCAUGACAGAGGCCCGCCCUUACCCCAACAACGACGUCACGCACAGCUUGUACACCAGUGACCCCGCCUACAACACCAGCUAUCCACACCCUACCAAUGCCCCCUCUCACAACACCUUCCGUUGA